AAUAUGACUCAAUAGUCACGAAGCAGCAUCGUGUUGAAGGGUGAUUUAGAGUAUUUUGGCGAGCAGCAAUAAAAUAAAUAAAACACCCAACAGGAAAUAAUAAUAAUAAUAAUGUGGAAUAAGAAGCUGGUGGAGUUACUUAUUACCAAAUAUCAGGAGCAUAGUAAUCUUUAUAAUACAAAGAAUUCCAAUUACUUAGACCGAAGUAAACGCACAAGAUCUUUAAAUGCAAUUGCCAAUGAACUCAAGCAAUAUUGUGAAGAAAUAACUGUGGAGGAUAUAAAAAGGAAAAUUCAUACAUUGAGAUCACAAUAUAUAAGAGAAUUACGUGAACAUCACAAACGCAGUGACUCAGGAAUCAAACUUUGGUGUUUCGAUCAACUGGAAUUCCUAAGGCCCUUUAGUUCUCUGCGCUCAUCACAGUCGUACGCUCCAAUUAAAAAACCCUCAAGAAGUGAUCACGAUGAAGACACCUUACAGGAUGAAUUAGAAUAUGAAGAAGUUACAUUAGAUACGAGUACUAAAUGGGAAAAGAAAAAUCCAAAAAGAUACAGCAGUACAGUAGAAACUAAACAAUCCCCACAACAUGACAAUGGAACCUUACAGGAUGAUUUGGAAUUCGAGGAGGUCGCUAUUGAGACAAAUAACAAAUGGGAGCAAAAGAAUCCUUCAAAGCGCUACAGCAAUGCCGUAGAUAUGACCACUUCUAAGCGUCAACGCCACUAUGAGGAAGAACAGGAACAAUAUGGCAGUGCAGCUGCAUAUGUACAAAGCGACGAAAUGUCACUGGAGGAACCACCAGAAACAACGACACACGAAUCGUAUCACACAUAUCCCACAGGGGCACAAGAAACCAGUAUAGAGAUUACUACAGAUUUAAGUAACGGCGAUAUGGACGAUUUAAUAGAUGUCGAGAUAGAUGAAGAAGACAUGCGUAUUAUGGAAAAUGUAAUGCCCCGUUCAAAAGAAUCACAGCGUUUGCAACAAGAACUAUGCAAAGCGGAAACCGAUUAUUAUAUAUCAAAGGCUCGUUACUUUUCAAAGCUAACGGAAAAUACCCAAAUAAAAAGGGCCUUAAUGGUGCUGCAAUCACGCAAACUACAAUUGGAGAUAGAUAAACUAACAAGGGAUAAUUAAGGACUUGGAAAUGCAAUAAAAACAACUGACAAACAUAAAAUACUUGCCACAUUGGCAUCUUCUAUUCUUUUAAAUAUUGUUAAGUCUCUGAAAUAAUUGUCAAACCAAUAAAAAAUAUUCUUAAAUUUGAGCAAAAACAAUUGCAUAUACACCCUUA